CUGAGAGCAGCCACGAUGACCCCGCAUCGCCUUGGCCUUUGGUGCGUCUCCUGCUGGCUGGCUGUACUCUGGCCACUGCACUCCUGCCUGCAGCUGCGGAAGGGCAUGCCCAACGUGUGUGAGGAAGAAGUUCUGGGUAUGGUUGCCCUUCCCCAACCUUGUGUCCAACCCUUCACUCGUACUAUGAAGCUAUGGAAGCAAGGCUGUACUGGACCAAGAUGGUGCAUGGAAUAUGUAAGAAGGACCGGCUACUACACUGUCUACAGACAGGUAUAUAGCAUGCAGCAUCAGACGGUCUACAGGUGCUGUCCUGGCUGGAGCCGGCAAGAACAUGAGCCUGGCUGCCUGCAUGCCCUCUGCUCAGUAGGUCCUUGCUUCAAUGGAGGCCAAUGUGCGGAUGGAGACACCCAGGCGUGCCAGUGUUCUGUGGGGUUUCAGGGACCUCGAUGCCAAUAUGAUGUGAACGAAUGCGCCAUUGACAAUGGCGGCUGUCAAGCCCAGUGCUGCAAUACAAUUGGCAGCUAUUACUGCAAAUGCCAAGCUGGCCAGAAACUGAAAGAAGAUGGAAAAGGCUGCAAAGAUGUCGAUGAAUGUACAGUAGUGAAUGGAGGCUGCCAGCAGAGCUGCAUUAACACUGAGGGCUCCUUCUACUGUGAAUGUGAUAUGGGAUACAGACUCCAUGCUGAUGGACGCACCUGCAUAACUGUCAACUCUUGCUCAGCUCACAAUGGGGGCGAUGAGCAGGAGUGAGUUCAGAUUGCUGCCUGCGCCACAGGUGCCCGUCCCUUCAGCCCCACCAACUACAGUAAGAUGGCAAACACCGGGAAUUUACGGGAAGCACAGAUUACCUGUGAGAUGCUGCCUUCCCUGGGCACUGUCAGUAACCUCACUGGGGUUUCUCUAUACCUGAAAUCCCCAGAAAUUCAGAGAAGUGGUGCCUGGUGUUGUCCUGACAUUGAUGAGUGUAUGGAAGGCAGUGCUCACUGUGCCCACCACUGUGUGAACUCUGUGGGAUCUUUCACAUGUACCUGUAACCCUGGCUUUGAACUUGGAGCAGAUGGAAGAAAGUGCUACAGGAUUGAAAUGGAAAUUGUCAAUAGCUGUGAACAGAACAAUGGGGGCUGCUCUCAUCACUGUGAGCACUCAACUGGUGGGCCCCGUUGUUCUUGUAACCAUGGACACCGUCUUGAUAUGGAUGGAAAAACAUGCAAAGACCUUGAUGAGUGUGAGAGUGGACAAGCCUGCUGUUCCCAGCUCUGCAUCAACUAUUUGGGAGGCUACGAAUGUGAUUGCAAGACAGGAUUUCAGCUCAGUCCUGAUGGCUGUGGGUGUGAUGAUGUGGAUGAGUGUCUGGAUGACAUUACCGACUGCGACCAGCUCUGUAUUAAUUCUUUGGGAUCAUACGAAUGUCUCUGUGAGGAAGGUUACCAAAUUGAUAGUAACAGAAAAACGUGCAUCCCUUUAGAUGAGGAUGAAUUGGAGGAGAAAGAAGAAUUGGAAGUUGUGAGGUUCCCAGAUCUUCACUACAGGAGACCUUCUCAACUACUUAAUUAUGCUGUUGCUUCAAAUCCCAAUUAUGAAGAUGAAGGUGGACUAGAAGAAAGAGAUAUUCUAGGAGAAUUCACUGUUUUACACAAAGUGGUCUGUUUAGAUGACACUUUCGGACAUGACUGUAGUUUGGUUUGUGAAGACUGUAUGAAUGGAGGCGAGUGCAAUGAGGAAAAGAGUGGCUGUCUCUGCCCAGCUGGCUGGGGUGGCAUCCUCUGUAAUGAAACUUGCCCCCCAGGGACCUAUGGACAAGAGUGUGAUGGUAUCUGUAAGUGUCAGAAUGGAGGAUCCUGUGACCCUCUAACAGGCCAAUGUCAUUGUCCCCCUGGAGUUCAUGGGAUGAUCUGUGAAGAUGGAUGUCCUAAAGGAUUCUUUGGAAAGGAUUGCAAUAAGAAAUGUAUAUGUGCCCACCACAGCUAUUGCCAUAGGGUCUAUGGAGUUUGUUUAUGUGACCCAGGACUCUAUGGUCGGUUCUGCCAUCUGACCUGUCCCAAGGGAGCCUAUGGAGCUGGCUGCUCUUCCGAAUGUCAGUGUGUGGAGGAGAACACCCUGGAAUGCAAUGCCAAAAAUGGUUCAUGCACCUGCAAAUCUGGUUACCAAGGCAACAGAUGCCAGGAAGAAUGCCUACCAGAUUUCUAUGGUCCUGGCUGCAAAUUGCCCUGUAACUGUUCUGGAUUGCCCUGUGACCAUAGAACUGGAGAAUGCCAGCAGCUAAGCCCACCUGGGUUCCAUGGAGACCGGUGUCAGUUAGGGUGCCAGAAGAACCCCGAAGGCGAAGGUUGUGGUCAAGUUUGUAACUGUCAUAAUGGAGCCCUCUGUGAUCCUGAGACCAGCCAAUGUAUCUGCACAUCUGGAUGGACAGGACCCACUUGCCAGGAAGGGUGCCCAGACGGCACUUAUGGUCCUUAUUGCCAAAAGAUGUGUCAAUGCAUGAAUGGAGGCCAUUGUGACCCCCUGCUUGGCACCUGCAACUGCCCCCCUGGCUUCAUUGGCACAGACUGCAGUGAGGUUUGUUCACGAGAAAGAUAUGGCCAAGGCUGUCAGCUACCCUGUGCCUGCAAAAAUGGUGGGCUUUGUAAUCCCACAGAUGGAAACUGUACCUGUGGACUUGGCUGGUCAGGUAUUCACUGUGAAGAAGCAUGCCUUCCUGGUACAUAUGGACCGAGCUGCCAUUUGAACUGCUCUUGUCAGAACAAUGGGACUUGCAAUAGGUUUACUGGCUUCUGUCGGUGUCCAGAAGGUUACUAUGGGCACAGCUGUGAACACCAAUGCCCCCCUGGAUAUUAUGGCUCGGACUGUGCUCACCCUUGUGAAUGCACAAAUGCAGCCAGGUGUGAUGCUGAGAAUGGCAAGUGCAUCUGUCUCCCGGGUUACCAUGGCAGCCAGUGUGAAAAAGGGUGCCCAUUUGGAACAUUUGGAGACAGGUGCCAACAGCUUUGUGACUGUGAAGAAGCAGGACCCUGCCAUCCUGUCACUGGGAAAUGCCUUUGUCCUCCUGGAAGAACUGGAGACAAAUGUGAUAUUGAAUGCAAAUCAGAUCAGUAUGGGCCCAAUUGCUCUCUGCAGUGCCAGUGUUCCCUGGGAUACCAAUGCAACCCUCAAAAUGGGACCUGUACAUGCCCCUUCCAGAGGAUGGGACCAACCUGUGAAGAAAGAGAUUCAGAGAAGAAACAAUAG